UGCAUGUGCGUUGUCCCUCGUGCCUCUUAGUCGCGUCUUAAAUCGCACACAGUACGUUUAUUGCAUGUACACCCCGGUACAUGAACAAACGGCAGACAGUUCGCGAACAUGUGAUUUUGACGGCGAGUACAGUUUGUUGACGCUCGUAACCGCGUGCGUGAAAGGUGAAGGUUUCCCUGGCCGGAUAUAUCGUUACCCUACAGCAGCCUCGUUCGAGGGGGUGGAGAAUAAUGUUCUGAGCCGUGAGCCACGCACAUCAUGGUUGCUAAGCACUUCACGCAGGGCUCGAGCCCCGAGUUCGGUGUUCCGGACAUGACGGUGAUCAGCGACAUCGACGAGACUGGAAUCAAUCGGAAUCUCCAAGUCCGAUACGGCAGGGACCAGAUAUACACCUACACGGGGUCCAUACUGGUGGCUGUGAACCCCUACAAAGAAGUGGACUUCUACACGAACGAGUACGUGACCAGGUACCAUGGGCAGAAAAUGGGCUCUCUGGAGCCGCACGUGUUCGCUCUGGCCGAGGCUGCGUACAGGUCGCUCCAGGACACGGAAAGUAAUCAGUCCUGCGUGAUAUCCGGCGAGAGCGGCGCCGGGAAGACCGAAACCACGAAAUUUAUCCUGCAAUAUCUGUGCUCGGUGACCAGCAACGUGGACACGUGGGUGGAGCAGCAGAUCCUGGAGGCGAACACCAUCCUCGAAGCAUUUGGUAACGCGAAGACGGUGAGAAAUGACAACAGCUCACGGUUCGGGAAGUUCAUGCAAGUGUGCUUCGACAGCAAGUGGAUGAUCAAAGGGUGCAUCAUCCAGGAUUACCUGCUGGAACAGAGCCGUAUAACGUUCCAAAGUGCCGGGGAGAGGAACUACCACGUGUUCUAUCAGCUGGUCGAGGCUGGCACGAGGGACAAGGAAUUCGCCGAGCAGUACAAACUGAUGCCAGCCAGCCACUACAAGUAUCUCAAUCAGUCUGGCUGCGUAAAGAUCGAUGGGAUCUCCGACUCUAAGAAGCUGGAUGCACUUAGGCUCGCGUUCAACGUACUUCAGGUUGCGCCAGAGAUGUGCGAGGGCAUUUUCAGAGUGCUGUCCGCCAUUCUCUGGCUGGGAAACCUGAGCUUCGAGGACGUCGAUGGCGAAAGAUGCGAACUGAGCACCGAGGAUCUCGAGAUCGUCGGUACGGUGGCUCCGUUGCUGGGUCUGCAGGUCGAGGAUCUGACGAAGGUGGUGCUAAUACGACAGAUAAACGUACGUGGAAACAUCACCGAGAUACCUCUGAAAGUGCAGGAAGCCAGAGAAAACAGGCACGCGAUGGCGAAAGCGUUGUAUUCGAGGGCGUUCGCCUGGCUCAUCAACCACAUCAACAAUUGCACGAACCCCGGGCAGGACAGCUCGAGGUUCCUCGGCGUCCUCGAUAUAUUCGGCUUCGAGAACUUCGCCGUAAACAGCUUCGAGCAACUGUGUAUCAAUUACACCAACGAGAAGCUGCACAAGUUUUUCAAUCACUAUGUGUUCGCAUUGGAGCAAGAGCUUUACCGUCAGGAAGAGAUCCAAUACUCCCAUAUCACCUUCACGGACAACACCAUGUGCCUGGAAUUAAUCGAGAAACCUCCACGAUGUGUUCUUAAGUUACUGACCGAGCAGUGCCAUAUGCCGAAAGGCUCCGACUUAGCUUACCUGACCAAUUUGCACGCCGAAUUCGAGAACCAUCCGUGCUACGUGAAAGGCGACGACCGUCGAAAAUGGGAGAAAGAGUUUGGCGUGAAGCAUUACGCGGGAUGCGUCACGUACACCGUCGAGGGUUUCGUGGACAAGAACCGCGACGUACAACAAGACGUCUUCUUCGACUUCAUGUCGAGAAGCACGAACGAAUUCGUGCAAGAGAUCACCGUUUACCAGGACCUUCUUGGAUGCACGGUGGCCCGUGCAAGCGGGAACACUACCACCAUGUCCCGUGGAACGUCCAAAGGCAAGCCUACUCUUUGCGACUCGUUCAGGCAUCAGCUGCAGGCGCUGGUCGACGUUCUGCAAGCCACCACACCCUGGUACGCAAGAUGCAUCAAGCCGAACAUGCAAAAGAUAGCGAACCACUACGACGAGAAGCUGGUGUUGGAUCAGCUGAAGUAUCUAGGCAUGUUGGACAUCAUUCGAAUAAGAAAGGAGGGCUUCCCUAUACACAUGGCGUUCCACGACUUCGUCGCUAGGUAUCGAUGCUUGGACAAGGCGCGUUUGUCCCGUUCCGGGGAGGAGAUCGAAGCUGUCAAGUGCCUGAUCAGUAGCCAAGGUAUACCGGAGACCGAGUGGCAAAUAGGCAGGAGUAAGGUGUUUCUGAGAAGCUACGUUCACGAGCCGUUGGAAGACUCUAGGAACCAAAUGGUCACCAGCAAUGCCAUCAUGAUACAGAAGAUAUGGAGGGGCUACGUCGAUAGAAAGGACUACAAACGCGUAAGGGAGGCUGCGUUGAAGGUGCAGCACGCUUAUCGAGGCUGGAAACUAAGGAUAAUGUUCAUCAGAAAGCGCAGAGCAGCUAUUGUCAUUCAGAGUCAUCUGCGCGGUGUCUUUGCCAGGGAGGUGGCGACAGCCCUGAGGGAAAUGAGGCGAGUGGAUGAAGAGAUGAGAAAGAGAGAGAGAUUGGAGGAAGAGAGGAGACUAAUGGAAGACAAGAAAGCGCUAGAAGAGAGCCAAAGCGCACAGUACAAUGGUAUUGUCGGAAUGGAGCCUGGGAAGGCGCAAGAAGAAAUCGCCGCGUUGUCGCAAAUGGCAGAACAGAUGAACUCCAAGAUGGCUGCCUCGGAUUUGCAAUCGGUAGAUCUGGACAAUCUGUUCUCGUUUCUGUCCGACGUUCAGUCGACUAAGGGUAAUCAAAUUAUCGACGAGAUUGGCGAGCAAAUGGACGAAUUGGUGGAAGAUCUUGACGUAGAACUGGAGACUGUGAUUCAGUUGGAGAUGGAGAUGAACUCCAAGUCAGAAUCCAGCGCGAACACUCCGAAUGGACAGGACCCACCGUCGCCGCCCCAGCAACAGUCGCAGUCGCAGCAGAGGAUAGCCUGUGGAAACAGUGGCAAGCUUGGUCAGCCUAGUCUUCCAGAACCCACUGAACCUCCUCCGCCCCCGCCACCGCCUGCUCCGCCUAUAGCGAUGAACGGUGAUUCCUCCACCGACAACGGGGAGCCAAUUUACGAAUCCGUUUUGCCACGCGAGGAAAACAGUCCCGGUAGUCCCAUCGUGGUGAACGGAAACUCUGGAUCGUUGGUGAACGGUGAGACCUGUGGAUCGCCUCCACCGGUACCAAAUAACAAGGUCAUCAAGGAGCAAAUUGCAAGCAGUCCUCCCUCCAGGCCAGAAUCGAGGAAUUCGAACAGCCAUCACUUGCAUCACAACCAUCACCAACCGGUGCCUCAGCAGCAACAGAACGGCCACGAUCAGCAGCAACAGCAGCAACAACAACAGCCACAACCACAGCCGGUAGAACGCGAGCAAAGACGGAAAUGUAGAGUGGAGCGCAAGCUUCAGGAACUGGAGGACAAAAAGGAACCUGACAGCGAAGUAACAUAUCACGACAUCGUAGAGUUCGCGCAGAAUUACUUUAACAGCCACGAACGAUCGCCCGAGGGAACGAUAAUGGCCACUCUCACCAGAAAAUCGCGCGGCAAGAGCGUCGAGUUCAUACCAAAGUACGAAAUGGUCACCUAUUACAAAGGCUCCACCAUUCCAAAUUCUCACAUUCAUAUGUACGACCCUGAUAACGUUAACGUGGCGUGUUCGGUCUUCAGGGAUCUCUGUAAAUACAUAAGGGGAGAGAUGAAGUUGGAUCAGGAGAUCGCAACUAUUCAGAGUAUAAUCGGUUAUGGUAUCGAGCGCGAAGAGCUGAGGGACGAGAUUUUUGUUCAGUGCAUGCGUCAGGCGACAAAUAACCCCAACCUAGAAUGGGCUGAACGAGUCUGGUUAUUGCUGUGUCUGGCGAUCGUUGCUUUCCAGCCUAGCAAACUGCUCUACAAGUACUUCCUCUCGUUCUUGCGAAAGAAUUUGGCUCUGGAAGGGAAACUGAAGCAGUACGUUCAAUGGUGCGUGGAUAACUGUAAAAACAUGAAAGCCUCCUGCAGACAACAUCCACCGUCCACGGUAGAGAUCGCUGCCAUGAGACGAUUGGGCACUAUAGUUUGUCGGUUCUUCUUUCUGGAUGGAAGAACCAAGGCUAUCGAUGUGCAUCCGACCGACACAGCCGCCGAUGCGGUUACAAAGUUAGGUGAAAAAUUGGGGCUUCGAUCUCUGGAGGGUUGGGCGAUCUACCAAAGCAGACCGGAUGGCGAGGAGCACGUGCGGGCGCACGAUUACUUGUACGACGUGAUAGCUGCUUGGGAAAUGAAACAAUGCAAGUUGAACACAGCGCAAUCAACAUUUUCCACGCUGCGACGAAGUAACAACGCUACUUUAGGCAGCGGUGAUAAUAGAUUCGUCUUCAAGCGUAGAUUGUUCAGAAACACUCGGGAAAUAUCUCAGGAUCCCGUCGAAGUGAACAUGCUGUAUGCCCAAGCAGUGUACAAUGUUGUGAAGUGCGACGACUUCCCAGUGUCCGAGAAAGUUGCCCUUCAGCUUGCAGGCCUGCAAGCUCAAGUCGCUUUGGGAGAUCCGAAAGAUAACGAUCGAUUAGAUUAUUACAGCGAGGUGGAUAGCUUUUUGCCUUAUCGAAUAAGUCGAGCCCGUGGCGACGAUGUUUGGGUGCCGAUAAUAGCCCAAGCACACAGACAGUACGGUGCUGGUCGCAAAGAAUUGGCGGCCAAAGUGUUGUAUCUGUCUUGCGUGAUGCAAUACCCGCUCUACGGCACGACGAUGUUCAACGUCACGUAUCGAGGAUACUGGUCCUACGGUAAUCAACUGAUCCUGGGCAUCAACUGCGAAGGUUUGAUGCUGAUCAAGCCGGACGAUAAGUUCGUUUUAUCGGAGUAUAGGUAUCAGGAUGUGGAGAGCAUUAUGUUGGACCCGAGCGACUCCUUCAUCACGCUGUCCCUGCUUCGUCACAAUCCCGACAGCUCGCACAAGUGUUUCGUGUUCGAAACUGCGCAGAAAAAUGAGAUCGGUAGUUUGAUCGUUAGCUACUGUCCAGCGUUGGCUGGUUGGAUCACGGAGAACGAGGUUCCUACCAAGAAGCUCAAGUGCAUCACCAACGAGGAUCGUAUCAGGCUCUAUCACAACUUGGUUAACUGUCGAAGGACGCUCGUCGACGCGGAAAUACUGAGGAAACCGCAGGACUCUGGCGGUGGUUUCCUCAGGAAUACCCUAAGGAGGCUAUCGAAGCACAGAAUAGAGAAGCUCAGGCAGGAACACGGUAGCGCAACGGAUCACGGUGAGACUUACAAGGGAUUCCCGUACGCGUACUGGGCGUUCAGCAGACAAGCUAUACCUCAGAGUCUUUCGAAACUUCCCGAUCCUGACGAGCAAAUGUCCCUCAGCGUGUUCCAAUUAAUCUUAACGUACGCGGGUCUCGGACAGAAUGGCGACACGGUUCGAAGAGUCGAAGACGAGCACGUGAACCUGAUACAAACGGUGAUGGAACGUUGCAUAAGGAAAGAGAACUUGCUGGGCGAAUUGUAUUUACAGUUGAUCAAGCAAACUACCGAUCACCCUGAUCCUAACAGUCGGGUGAAUCUCAGGCAUUGGGCGUUGCUCUCUCUGGCCUGUUCGGUAAUCCUACCGCCGCAAAAGGUUAUUCGAAAGUAUCUGAUCGCGCACUUGAAGCGUUGCGCCAGCGAUUACGUGACGGAAGAAGGGAAGUAUGCCCGAUUCGCUGAAAAGUGCCUUUACAAGACGCAGGGCACGAGGAGAAGACAAUGGCCGCCGAGCAGGGAAGAGAUAAUGUGCACGAUCAAUCGUAGGCCAAUUUACGCGAGAUUCCAUUUCAUGGAUGGACAGUACCACGCCGUGGAAUUCCAUCCGUCGGCGACAGCCAGGGACGUUAUGGAAAUCAUCAAAGUUAAGAUUGGUCUGGAAGAAACAGCUCUGGGAUAUGCUAUUUACGAGGUCCUAGGACCGACCGAACGAGCAUUGAUACCGGAAGAGAAAAUCGCGGACGUAAUGUCGAAAUGGGAACGUUACAGAACGGCGAACGCACAACAGAACCAAUCGCAAAGGAAACAUGCACACCAUUUCUUCCUAUUUAAGAAACAUUUGUUCCUCGAUCAAUACAUGAAUCUCGACGAUCCCGUGGAGAAAGAGUUACUGUACCAUCAAGUGUUGCACGAUUUACGCGCCGAUCGGUUCCCAAUCACCGAGAAGGAAGCUAUGAUGCUGACAGCCUUGCAAGCUCAAUUGGAACUAGGUGAUUGCGAGGAUGCCGUUUCGGACCAAGAUUACCGUGCUAUAUCGAGUCACUGCCUACCCGCAAGACUGGUACCAAAUUUGUGCGUGGAAGGUGUUUUCCAACACCAUCAAUCUUUGAGAGGAAUGACGCCGCCAGAAGCGAAAAAGGCUUUCUUAAAUUUAAUUCAGUCAUGGCCACUGCACAGGGCCACGAUAUUCGAUGUGAUGCAAUCGUUUACUUCGAACUGGCCACGCGUUCUUUGGUUGGCCGUCGAUCAACAAGGUCUUCACCUUCUGGAGCAUCGCUCUAGAAAUGCUCUCUGUACCUACGAAUAUAACAGUAUUCUCAGUUAUAAUCCAGCUGUUAGUUGUUUGAUGAUUAUCACCGGUACUGAUAAGAAACAGAGCAAAGUGAUCCUAACGACAUCCCAGGCACACCAAAUAGCGAAUUUAAUUCGCGAGUAUAUGGACGUGCUACAAUCGCCGCCAGAAAUACCGAAGAGAGAUUCAGCGAUAGCUCAACAAAUAGCUCAGCAACAGCUGCAGCAACCACCCUCGAAUCUCACGACUGCCGGUGGUCGUAAAUCACGACCUGCUUCGGUAUUGCAUAGAGGUGCUCCAGUGAUACAAUCGCAAGCUAGUUAAAAAGUUAGGCGAAUCGUUAGGUGAGACACUUCUUCCCAACCUGAUACGCAAACGAUUAACUCAUACAUGUGUAAAAGUUUCUUCUUACAUAUUUGACUCUUUAACGAAGAUGCCUCGAUAUCUGAUGUUUCUUUGAUAAAGAUAGGCCGACUCAAAAGAAGAAAAAUGCAUUCCAAUAUCGUCUACAAUAACCCCUAAUAUACACCUAUACUUCUAUAUUUCUACAUUUCAUCAUUCAGAUUCAAUUAUUUGUUGUUAAAAUUAAAAUGUGAAGUUUGUUAUCAGGCUGUGGCGAGGAAGUGUCCUGUAGUUAUUAAUGCUUUAUCGGCAAGGCCUAUCAGGCGGCGAGUAAGAAUCGUCGCGACGAGAUGGCACUAGCCUAGGAAUACUUCUUUCUUCCAGUAUUUAUUCAAUUUAGCUUAGGGCUCGAGAGGCGUCGAAUGAUGAUAGCUGCCACCGCGGAGAGUAGAUCUAGCAAAUGGACCGACCGACAAAACAACUGCCAUUUUACGAUUUUUCAAGCUGCAAAGCUGUUAAAGAUUUCUAUUUCCAUUUUUCCUCGUGUAAACGUCGUUGCCUUUUUUACGAGCGAUCGUCAACGUUUUUUAUACAAAUUUUUCCAGCGUAUACAACCCGCAACCGUAAAACGCAAUAACCGCUGAAUUGAUCGAUGAGUAUUAUUAAUACAGGUGUACCGUAUCCACACACUUCGACAUAUCAUUUCGUAUCGUCUAACGAAAAGUGUGAUAUACACGAUUUCAUUUGGACAAUGUCAGGAACGACUAAUUCAUUAAUUCUAUCCUCGAUUUUACUUCUCUCGUUAAUCACUCUGUUCGACGAUACCAUCAAAAAGAAAAAGUAAAACUUCGAAUAGUCGCCAUAUUGCAAUCGACGUUAACAUCUCGAAUAUUAGACUUGCGCAAAAUUUAAACACAAUUAUACACGCUAUAAUUAUACUUACAUACAAUAUUCCAAGUAUAGCAAGCGAUAAUGUAAUAAUUAACUCGUAUUUCGAAAAAUCUUCGAUCACGUUUCAAUCGAAAGUUGAACGGUAAUCGGAUAUUCGUUUUUCAGACAAUCCUUUCGCGCUAUCGUCGCUUUUCUUGUAAAGCUUACGACUAUGAAAUUAAAUCGAGCAUUUAAUAGGUGGAAUUAUCGUUCGUGCGGAAAUAAAAAGAAAAACAAAAAAAAAAAAACAAAAAAAUAUCCGUGAUUCGAAUGCGAUCGUAUCGAUCAAAAAUGCCACGAAAUUGCGUCCAAAGAAAUUUUGUUUCGUUUCUUUUAAUUCAAGAGCCCCGGAAUCGCUCGAUAUCUUGGUAUGUAAAUAUUAAACAAUCAACAGAGGAAUGUUUAAACGUAAAACGAUAACGAUAAGUUUCGAGCAGAAUUCUCCAGUGUUCAAUUCAAAUUUCGUUUCCACGUAAAUUAAAUUUACAUCUCGAUCGCGUACAGAAAUUUGUAACCCUUUCAAAAUAAUCUAUCGUAUCUGUAGAGCUCAACUGGUAUACGGAAUCGAAGUUCUUUCACAGUUCACUAUGUAGAAAUACCGUUAGUUUCUGCUAAUAUUAACGGUGAUUGCGCUCAAUAAUAUAACAAUUACAAGAUUCUGUAAGUAAAGAAUUGUACGAUAAUUCAUUUUUCGAGUUACACGGUAUAUCCGAUUUUACGAAGCACUUUUUACGGAACACAGUCGAGAAAGGGUUAGGGUAACAUUACGUAUGCAAUUCCCUCUAAUAAGAAUCUUUUGUCGAACACUGGAGCUCAUCGAAUCCGGAGUUCGUUCGGACCAAAAUUUCGUUCCAAUGUCUCGAACCACUGCCUACGAUCCUUGCUUACGCGUAAAGAGCAAAGUUUCUAUUUUCACUCGAUUACUGUAAAGUGUUACGAUGACUCUUAUUGGUUGCUCGGAAUUGUAAUCUGGUCAGAAGUUCUCUGUUCGCCUUUUGGCGGCAAUAAAUAUUGCGCCGUGUACCUAGAAAACGUUGCGAUACGCGUACUUAAGGAUCGAUCAGGAAGCAAAGAUCGAGGACUCGUGACGAAACGAAGAAGUUUUCGUGUACCCUUUGUAUUUAUUGAGAUUUCCUUUCCGGGAGUUUGGCUAAGAUUCGACGAGUGCAGAGACAGACUGUGAUCCGCUUUGGGUGUCCUUAGUCUUCGAGAGCUGUUUAACGAGUGAGACUUCGUGUUAACUAAUAGAAAAAUGGAGGACGGAAGAGGUGGUGAGUGGCGAAUGCGUGAACGGCGCGGGUGAGAAAGAGAUCGCGUGAAUGUGUGAAAAGGAACGUACGAAUCGAGAAUGCGAUUUACGACGCGUGCAUGAUACUUAAAAGGGAAAAAGAAAAGGGGGGUGGGAGGGAGUAGCGGGGGAAGGUACGCAAAACCCCGUAUUGUGUAACUUAAGCGAAAUAAAUUAUUGGUUGACGAUGUUAUAUUGAAAUAUUUAAGAACGGACAACACUGUAUAUACGUAUAUAAAUAGUAGACACGCAUAGAUGGAUACGCACACAAUGCAAAUUACAUGCGAUUACAUACCCACACAGACAUACACACACACACGCGACAAAUUUUGUUGUAAACUCGAAGGUACACCUACAAAAAUACAGAGGGAGUUACACGCCUACACGCGACGAGGUUAUACAUACUAUUAUAUAAAUAUGAACAUAAAUAUAAAUAUAGAUUAUUAAUAUACUCGAGCUAUGUAUUAAGGGUACAAUAAAAGAAAGCGAAGCUUUAAUAUUGCAAGUAAUGAGGACUUGUUUCUUCGGGUAGCAAAUUAAUCGAACGACGAUCAGCGACGUUGCUCGAAGCGAAACUAUUUAAAUUGUUCUUUAAGUACGAUCAAAUAAUUAUGUUCCGAAUAACGUACAAGCGAAAGCAUUUUGAAUCGCUAUAAAAUAUCGGUGCUUUGUCAGUGGCUUCCCGACAUUUUAAUUUAAAAGUAUGUUACGAAUUUAAUAAAUAAAUAACUGGUUAUC